UGAAUUUCUAGAUCUCUGUUUGUCCAUGCAUGGAAAUGACAGCUCCAUUUCUGUGAGAUGCCAGGGGACUGAAAUUGACAAGAAUCCUGUCUCAAGUGCUCAGAGAAUGAAAAUUACUUCCAUUUGUAUGCCUCUCACAAGAGUAAAUCUGGCAUAGACAGCAGCAGGAGAGCACCACGUUCAAAUCUACAAUGUUUGUUGUCUAUUACCCACUUCAGGAGCUCUGUUAUCUCCCUCCCCGCCUCAGGACCGGUGGCCAGGACCCAGGCAGUGCGAGCGCCUCUGAAAAUCAGCUCAUGUGCUGCCUUUGGCAUACGUGCCAUAGGUUGCCUACCCCUGGUAUAAGCUUUCAACCCAGUGUUCUUCCAUUGACUCAUUUGGGAGUCACUAUAAGAGUAUGCAGAUUCAGAAUUGGUCGGGUAAUGGAACUGAACAAGAGCAAGGGGAAGAAGACUUCUACUUUACAGCAAGGGGAUUCAUCUUCAGUGGCAAGGAGUCUACCAAGUGUGCCAAUGAUCCUGGUUCCCAUCCAUUAAGGAUCCUGUGCUGUGGGAAGACACCAGCAACGAGACAGAAGCAGCUCCUCAAGAAAGUAUAGUCUGAAGAGGACUCUUUACUGAAACCCAGCAGAAAGAGGUGACUCUGCCACUUGGGUACUGAAGUAGCUGAAAUGAGAAAAAGGCAGCAGUCACAAAAUGAAGGAACAUCUGCUGUGUCUCAAGCGCCUGGAAACCAAAGGCCCAACAACACAUGUUGCUUUUGUUGGUGCUGUUGUUGCAGCUGCUCAUGCCUCACUGUUAGGAAUGAAGAUAGAGGGGACAAUGCAGGAAGGCCAACACAUACAACCAAAAUGGAGAGUAUCCAGGUCAUAGAGGAAUGCCAAAACCCUACUGCAGAUGAAAUUAUGUCUUGGGCUCAGAAUUUUGACAAGAUGAUGAAAACACCAGCUGGUAGGAACCUUUUCAGAGAGUUUCUUCGAACGGAGUACAGCGAAGAGAACUUGCUUUUCUGGCUUGCGUGUGAAGACCUAAAGAAGGAACAGAACAAGAAAGUUAUUGAAGAAAAGGCGAGGCUUAUAUAUGAAGAUUAUAUUUCUAUACUUUCACCAAAAGAGGUUAGUCUUGAUUCUCGGGUGCGAGAAGUGAUCAACAGAAACUUGUUGGAUCCCAGUCCUCACAUGUAUGAAGAUGCCCAACUUCAGAUAUACACCUUAAUGCACAGAGACUCUUUCCCAAGGUUUUUGAACUCUCAGAUGUACAAGUCUCUCAUUGAAAGUACUGUAGGCUCUACUUCUGAAACUUAGUUCUAAUUUUUGGAUGAAAU